AGCCGAACACGCUCCUUCUUUUUCACCGGGAGCCCCCGCCUCCACCGCGGCGGGUACAGAAAUAGAAAAGAGCUUGAGCACUGGGAGACAGAGCGCGACACAUCAGCGGAGAGUUACAAACCGGUUAGCCUGCUCCGAAGCUCCGAGUCCGGGUGAUAAUCCGCAGCCGACGGAGACCCUCUAUCUUCCGCCUGCUUGGCACCAACAACGUCCGUAACCCAAAGAGAAAAAGAGAGGGAGGGUACCAGCUCGGCUCGAACACAAGCCGGGGGUUUGUCUUUCAAAAAAAAAACCGCAUCAGUCUGAAAUCAAGACUUCCCUCUGCGGGUGAACCGAGCCACAGGUUGUCCACCGCCGAGUUAGCUCGACCCGUACCGGCCGUGAGGGUGUCUCUUGGGGGGGAAUGGCAUUGGACUUCGCCGCGGGCUGCUUGGGAGGUGCUGCUGGUGUUUUGGUUGGACAUCCAUUUGACACUGUGAAGGUACGGCUUCAAGUUCAAAAUGUGGACAAACCUCUGUACCGUGGAACAUAUCACUGCUUCCAGUCCAUCAUACGCCAGGAGUCGACGCUCGGUCUGUACAAAGGCAUCGGCUCACCAAUGAUGGGUCUGACCUUCAUCAACGCCAUCGUCUUUGGUGUCCAGGGCAAUGCCAUGCGCAAGCUUGGCCGCGACACACCGCUCAACCAGUUCCUGGCCGGAGCCUCAGCUGGAACCAUCCAGUGUGUCAUCUGCUGCCCGAUGGAGCUGGCCAAGACACGCAUGCAAAUGCAGGGGACUGGAGAGAAGAAGUCUAAGAGGAAGCUGUACAAGAACUCCCUCGACUGUCUGGUGAGAAUCUACAGGAAGGAGGGAAUCCGAGGUAUCAACCGCGGCAUGGUGACCACCUUGCUGCGCGAAACACCUGGUUUCGGUGUGUAUUUUCUCACAUACGACGUGUUGACACGUGCCCUGGGCUGCGAGCCAGAAGAACCGUACAUGAUCCCUAAGCUGCUGUUCGCUGGUGGAAUGUCAGGCAUUGCUUCCUGGAUCUCCACCUAUCCCGUGGACGUGAUCAAGUCACGCCUCCAGGCAGACGGGGUCGGCGGAGUCAACCAGUACAGCGGCAUCGUGGACUGUGUGAGACAGAGCUUGAAGAAGGAGGGGUGGAGGGUGUUCACACGUGGGCUCACGUCCACUUUGCUCCGCGCGUUUCCGGUGAAUGCCACCACGUUUGCCACCGUGACUCUAUUUUUAAUGUACAUGCGCGAGGGACAAGAGUGCAGCAUUCAGGACCCUGAGCCACAGUCCGUCCAGCUGCAGCCUCUGCAGCCACAGGCACAGACGACCAGCAUGUGAGCCACGUUUCAUCCGUCAAAUACAGAUGGAACUUUCAGCUCCUCGCAGGUCUGAUCCAUCAGCUGGUUUCCAUAAUAACAAACAUGAACUGAUCCUGAUUAAACAUCUGUCCACUGGGCUCCUGCAAAGUGACCAUGGAGUAUUUAAUAAUAUAUAGUGUAUUUUAAGAUAAAAUCCGCACUUGUAAAUAUGGCCUCUUUUUUAACAUCCUUGGAUUUUGUUGAGUCUUAGGAGUCAGGAACCUCAACAGUUACAGAGUUGUGCUUGCAGAUGUCCCAAAUAUUUUGAGUCAAGGAAACACUGUCAUUGAUGCUGUUUUCAGGUCAAAACGAGUAAUACCUGGAAUUUAAAUCAACAACUGGUCUAAUAUUCUCUCCAUCUAUUUUGUUCAGGUCAAUAAGUCCCGAUUACUCUUUAUCCUCAUAUGAAACACAGCAUUUUUACAUUGUUUUGUAGUGGUUACAAGAACAUAGAGAGCUUAUACAUGUACAUUUAUGUAGAUAUUCAUUUUCUGAAAUUACAACGGUUUAUGUAGCUUAACUUUCCUAUGAAACUAACGUUUUAGUCACCUACCGUCUUUUUACUUUGGUUCUUUGUCUACGAUAAUGUCUUUAAAAUGGUUAAUUGUUGGAAAAUGAUGGUUAUAGGUUAUAAUCUUGUUGUUUUGGAGAUUGUAUUGAGUCCAAAGAAAGCACCUUAUGGUAUGACAUCAUUAAGCAUACGGUUACAUUUUUGCCAGUCACAUUCUUUUUAAUUUACACUCAGUCAAAUGUGUUUGUUGUAUUUACCACUAAUGCAAGAAUCUGUGUUCAGCAAAAGUGGUGACUUGUCAAGUAAAAGGGAUUUUAAAGUACAAAAUUAUGUAUAAAAUUCCUGUGAUGGGAGGUUUUGUUGUUUAUCAGGCGCCAUGUUGUCCACAAGAGGGUGAUGUCUACAAACUAACCUGAGACAGAGAAAAGGCCCCUAUAAGACUCGGAGCUGCAGAUUUUCUGUCCUUGAUCAAGCUUCUUAUGUGAUCUUUUUGAAAGUCUUACCACCUGUAAGCUAAAUGAAACUGAUCAAACACCUCCAGAGGAAAUGAAAUAGUCAAGUAGAAAUACAACUCCUCAUGAACUUGAUUUUAAUUAUUUACUUCUGUCUGUAAAUUGAUGAACCUGUAACAUUAUGACAUUCAACCCUUAGAGACUAAGUCACUUGACAUUAACUUUGAAUCUUCUGCCAAAAAAACUAAACGAUUUAAGUCCAAAUCUCUCUUCUAAUGGUUCUGUUUUCUGUUAGCUUCUUCUUUUCUUUUUAAUCAAAAAAGACCCGUCUGCUCUCCUCUCCAUGUUAACCUACAGGACAAAGGGCACCCACAGUGUCUCUCAGUGCAGUGUGGAUUCUGUCAACAGUUGCACUACUGAAAACCUCUUCGCAGGUUUAAAAUAUCAACUGAGACACAAGUAAAAGACAAGCAAUCAUCAACCUGCCUGCAGGUGGUGCCACACAGAUGUUACAACUGUAGAAGCUGUUACUCUUCCUGCACAUCUUCAUGUUUUCACUGGGCCUGCAGAGUCACAAACUGCUCUGGAGUUGUUCAAGUAAUGUACACACUGUGAAUUUGGCUUUUUUUCUGUUCUCGUUUUUGUUCAACUUCAGGCUUUGAUUUUAUUUACACUUCUGUAUUAAGACUAAUGUGUAUAUAUUCUGGGUUUGCCUGACUUUGUUGGUGGAGGAUAUGAUUACAGAUAUUUUUGUGAAACGACUGCGUUAAUUGUGUUCUGUACUGUAUGUGCACGUCUUGUACCAAAGCAGCAUGUUCUCUGUUGAAUGUUGAAAUAAAAGCCACUUUCCCCUUCA